UGUGGUGCUGAAACAACGCCUGUAUUGUGUUACUUGGCGGAUUCGGUGCCCGUCUGCCCCCCCUAAUCCACCAAAAUGCCAUUUUAAUAUCCUCCUCCGAUCAGCCGAGCCCUCAGUCUGACAUCAAACAUGCUGUUUUAGCGAAGGUGUGCGAUGGAUUAGUGUUUAGGCAGGAGCGGUAUGGAUUCACCGUGGUGUCCCAUCGUCCUCGCUGCAAUAGCUGUCAGCCUCUGCUCCUCACCUGUCCUCGCAGACAGAACAUUUGGUUGUCUGUUUCAAGACAAGCUCUGCACACCGUACGAGUUCUGCAUCAACGAUGCCGUGUUUGGAAGGUGCCAGGAGCUGGCAGGUGCAGACCUGUACACGUAUGAUAUUUCCCCAGCCGCUCUGCAACGCCUGAGGAUCCUCCUACAGAAACUGGCUCACAGAGGUUUGACAUGGGAGGACGACAUCACUCAGCAGGUUAUCUCUAGAGAGCUCUCCAAAUUGAGGAAUAUCCCCUUCCGCCACCAGAGCACACCUCCAAGCCCCCUGACUGCACUCAGCAACUCCAGAGAUAGAAAGCUAAGCUCUGCACAGGUUGACCUGAGCAGAAACCUGCAGCAGUAUCUGACAGGGCUGGGCUUUCUGCAGCAGGCCGGGGGCAACCAACGACCUGGAAGCCAACGAGAGGAAGACAGGGUUCAGAAUAAAAACCUCAAGUAUGAUGGCCUAUUGGAGCCUGGCCGUCCAAAACCCAAGCAGGGCUGGAAAGAGACCACGCUGUACAGUCUUCAGAAAGGAGCCAGCCAACCUCCAGUCACUAAAGUCAUUACCCAGAGUGGAGAGGGCAGACAUCCCAAGCUGAGCAAAGCCUACUCCGUCCAGGACCCGGAGAGGAGCAAGCUCUUCUCCAACCAUCUGGAGCGGCUUUUUGCCGGGGCACCAGGCACUCAGCAGGAAGUACCAGGCGGCGAGGCUGUUUGGCCGAAAGGAAAGCUCCACUACCUCAGCCACAUGUCGCCAGCUCAGAAUGUUCCUGCAGAGUCAAAGAUUCAAGUUGCUUUUGGAUCCAAAACUGAAAAGCCUAAUCUUGACAGACUGCUGUUCAAGGCUGGCGCAAACCGACUCCCAGCAAAAAAACCUCUCAAUGUCAUGGAUGAGCCUUUUACUCUAAAUGGUGUGAACCAGUUGGGGAGGCCCAGCAUCAACAUGCAGACUUUGAUGGGCAAAGACCUGGACCAGCUGGCUGGGGUCAUCGCAGCAGCUCUGCAGGAGGCGGAUGAGGAGCGGCCAGGCCCAGGAGCCGCCGACCCCAGGGGGGAGUUCGGGGGUAACCGUAAGCCACUGACGACAGUGCUUCUGAAUCAGGAAAAGGCUCUGAAAUCAGAUAAAGUGCAGGAUCAAAACCAGAAAGACAUGCUGAGUAUAAAACAACAAGGCCAAAGAACAGACGCUGCAGACAAAGACUCCAUUGACAAGCAUGCAGCCUUCUUCUCCAAAUUGCUUGACUACCUCAACAUGGAGCCCUUUGGGGUAGCUCCAGGGGUCAGCAGUGAUCCCCCUCCUCCCCUCCAGAAAACAGUUGGACUUGAGAAUGUCAAGAGCUGGACAAAACAGGACCAAGUUCCUGUCCCCUACCACUCGAAGGAGAAGACCGUGACCAUCCCCGCAAAGGAAGGGUCCACCCUGCGGUUGACUGGCGGAGCGGAGAGGCCUGAUGCACAGGUGGACUCUGAGUUUGAGAGCUGGAUGCAGGGAGAUCAGGCCCCGGCGGAGAAAAACAAGCAGGAGGAGCCGAAGACGACGAACAUGAAGAUCCAAACCCAGCUGGUCCACGUGGGAGUGAAGGAGUUUUCCAGUCGGGGGAAGGACAGACACUUUGGCUACAUCAUCACCGGUUCAGACUCCCUCACCACUAACCAGGGCUUCAACCUGAUGGAGCGGCUGACCCAGAGACUGAGCCUCCACGCUGCAGACCUCACCCAGCUCUCUGUCCUGGGUCCUGCACUGACGUUCAGAGUCGGCCCAAACCCUAAGAACGUGACCACUGCAGACCUGGUUCAAGUUGCAGUCCAAGAGAAGCAGCAGCUGGAGAAGGAGACAGGCCUGAAGAUAGUGGAGGCUGGAGUUAGUGAUAGGGGCAGCCUGACCCAGAUACCUGUGGUGAAGGAGACCAGGGUGGAGUCGGGCCAGUUCCUGCUGCUCUCCGUCCUCUGCAUGCUCUUCAUCCUGGUGGCCGUGGCACUGUCCGCCACAUUCUUCUGCGUGCGCCAGCGAUCGCACCUCCUCAUGAAGGAGAAGCUGGCCAGCCUGGGGACUGACACCAGCACUGACGCCACAGCAACCUAUCAGGAGCUAUGUCGCCAGCGUAUGGCCAUCAGGACAUCGGAGCGAGUGGAACGGCCAGAGACCCUGCGCCACUCUCGCCUGAACAGCGUGUCGUCUCAGUUCAGCGAUGGCCCGGCUGCCAGUCCGUCAACGCGCAGCAGCACCUCCUCCUGGUGUGAGGAGCCAGUCCCAUCCAACAUGGACAUCUCCACUGGUCACAUGAUACUGUCAUACAUGGAGGACCACUUGAAGAACAAGAACCGUCUGGAGCGGGAGUGGGAGGCGCUGUGCUCCUACCAGGCAGAGCCCAGCGCCUGCAGCGUGGGCCAAGGCGAGCAGAACUCCAAGAGGAACCGCUCUGAAGCCGUAGUCGUAUAUGAUCAUUCCAGGAUCACCUUGAAAGCAGAGAAUAACCACGGCAACUCGGAUUACAUCAACGCUAGUGCAAUAAUGGACCACGACCCUCGCAACCCGACUUACAUCGCGUCUCAGGGCCCGCUGGCGUCCACCGUGGCAGACUUGUGGCAGAUGGUGUGGGAGAGCGGCUGCGUUGUCAUCGUCAUGCUGACGCCGUUGUCUGAAAAUGGAGUGAAGCAGUGUCACCACUACUGGCCUGACGAAGGAUCAGACGUCUACCACAUUUAUGAGGUCAAUUUGGUGUCCGAGCACAUCUGGUGUGAGGACUUUCUGGUGCGGAGCUUCUACCUGAAAAACCUGCAGACCAACGAGACGCGCACGGUCACCCAGUUCCACUUCCUGUCCUGGAUGGACCGCGGGAUUCCCACCUCCGCCAGGACCCUGUUAGACUUCCGCAGAAAGGUUAACAAGUGCUACCGGGGUCGAUCUUGCCCGAUAAUUGUUCACUGCAGUGAUGGAGCCGGCAGGAGUGGGACUUACAUUCUGAUUGACAUGGUCCUCAAUAGGAUGGCUAAAGGUGCUAAAGAGAUUGAUAUUGCCGCUACCCUGGAGCACUUGAGAGACCAGAGAGCUGGCAUGGUCCAGACAAAGGAGCAGUUCGAGUUUGCGCUGACAGCCGUGGCAGAGGAGGUGAACGCCAUCCUGAAAGCGCUUCCUCAGUGAAGGCAUCACACCUCCUCCUCUUCCUCUCCUCCUUCUUCUUCUUCUUCUAGCUCGCCAACCACCAGUUUCCUCAGCCCACUCAAGACUGACAUCUCCCUUUUCCCUUCCUUCUCCUUCUCUCCAUCUUCCACCUCAUCCUCCUCUUCACCUCGAUAUAAUCCUGUACUCUGAAUGUCGUGCUGGGUAGCUCACCUGGAUCCGUAUUCACUCAUUUCAAAGUGCGACGGUUGAUCUGUUGUCGUUUUAGCAAUUCAGGGAAAUGGGGAGCCGCGUCGGAUCACAAGCGAGAGCACAGAUCAACGUUUCUGCUCUGAGAUUUAUGAAUAUGAACCCACAUCUAUAACUGAUGUUGUUCAUGAACAUACUGUUGCAGUGCCACUGGAGAGAUGUUUACGUGAUGUUUAGUGACGGUUAUUUGUUCCAAAAGAGUCAUCUGUUGUUAAAAACUGAUACAAAUGCUUAGAGAACAAAUCAAGGAUGGGUUGCGGCUAACGAUCACUGUCUCAACUAGUAGUUUUUAGUGUGUGCAAUCCUUAAAAAAAGAGUAGUGAAACAUGGUGACUACAGUUUCUCAAAGGUCGUGACAGUUUGUUAAUUUGGUGUAAUUUCUUCUUGAGUAAACGAUCUGCAAACUGUUAAUAAUCAUUUCUGAGAAGGUGGAAUCAGGAAUCGGUAUGUUUGCUUCAAGAGUGCAGCAGAAAGAAUGAAAAAAGAAAACUUGGCUGCUAAAAUAAAAUGUUUUUUACUGAUCAUCUAACUGAUAAAUCGACUAACGGUUGCAGCUGCCAUCCUUUGAGACUAACAACAAUGUAAAUAAAGUUCUUGCCUGUAAAGAUCAGGAUGUACAGACAGUGUCUUUAAAUGCAGUGAUGUCCCGGCUCCGUGCGGCGUCUUGGAAGUCACUUCCCCACGUUUCUCCUCCUCCGUGACCUGAAUCAGCUACUAUAUACUCAGCUUCACAUGUCCGGAUGGUGAAGUAUGUGUGUUGUACUUUUGGGUGUCGGUCUUGUAUUCAGCCACAGAUUCUCGGAAAAAAACCCUCACAGAUCAUCAUUAACAUAUCAACGAUUUCACUCACCACAUCCAUUUCUAACUUCCGGUUUGGUACUGAAACAUCUCUUUUAUUUUUAAAUGUGUACUGUAACAGCUAUAAGAUAGUUAUCUACUCUAUUUAGAACUGCUGUCAUUCCCUAUCAAUAGUAAUAAUGUGAUAUAUUCAAGAACUUAUAUUGGGAUUUUUGCUGAAAUAGUUUGUCCCUCUAUCUCUGGUAUAUUGUGACAUUUUGUGCAGAUUAUUCACUCCAUGUAUAGACAAUGAAUGACUUUAUGAAUCCUUCUAUAGUCUAUCUGAAAUACACACUGAGAGCCUCAGUGAGAUCUAUAUAUUUUGUGUCAGAAGUAAUAUGCAGAUUGAUAAUAAAUCCGAACAG